AUGGCAGAGGUCAAGGCUAAGAAGUACGAGUACUGGGAAACCCUCUGGAAACUAGUUGAAGAGUACCCACAAGUUUUGAUCUGCGAAGCCAACAAUGUUGGUAGCAACCUCUUGCAGGACAUCAGAACUAAAAUCAGAGGACAAGCUGUCAUGCUCUUCGGAAAGAACACACUGAUUAGAGCUGGGCUUAAACACAGAAUGGAAGAGCCAACUCCAGAACAAGAAGACUACGAAAAGAGAAAAGACAAAUGGUUCCCAUUGGAAAGCGUCAAAGAGCUCAUCCCAAAUAUCAAAGGCAACGUUGGCUUAAUCUUCUGCAAAGGAGGAAUGGACAAGAUCCUUGAUAUCAUUGAGAACUCCACCACUCCAGCCGAAGCCAAAGCUGGCACCGUCUCUCCUUGCAACGUUUUUGUGCCUCCAGGACCAACAGGUAUGGAUCCUUCACAGACUGCUUUCUUCCAGGCUCUUGGUAUUUCAACCAAGAUCGCUAAAGGCCAAAUUGAAAUUAUCACAGAAGUCCAGGUCAUUGAGAAAGGCAAGAAGGUCGGAAACAGUGAAGCUGUCCUCUUGAAAAAGCUUAACAUCAAGCCAUUCAAAUUCGGUCUUAAAGUCACCAAGGUUUUCGACAAUGGCUCAGUCUACAGUGCUGAAGUCCUCAAAUUAACACCAGACAUUGUAAUUGAAAAAUUCUUGAACGGUGUCAGAAACAUCGCUGCCAUGUCUUUGGAACUUGGAAUCCCAACUGCAGCUUCAGUCCCUCACUCAGUCCUUAAUGGAUUUAAGAAUUUAGUCGGAAUUGCAAUUUCCAUUGACUAUCCAUUAAAGCAAGCACAAACCAUCAUUGAUGUCAUCAAAGAUCCAUCAAAACUUGCAGCUCUUCAAGCUGCCCCAACCGCAACAACCACCGCUGCCCCUCAGGAAACAUCUAAGCCUGUAGAAGAAGAGAAAGAAGUUGAGGUUGAUGAGGAUCUUGGAGGAAUGUUUGGAGAUGAAGACUAUUAA